GAUGGGAGCAGGAAGGUGACCUGGAGUGACAAGGGCCAGAAAUAUCCUGAUCACCCCGAGAGAUUUGACAGCUGGAGACAAGUGCUGUGCAGAGAAGGGCUGUUUGGGACUCGCUGUUACUGGGAGGUGGAGUGGAGAGGGACAGGGGCUUUUAUAGGCGUCACCUACAAAGGAAUCGGCAGGAAAGGGGGCUUUGACUGUGUUCUUGGGUGCAAUGACCAGUCCUGGAGUUUGUGCUGCUCGGGCUCAAGUUGCUCUUUCUGGCACAACAAUGUGAGAACCGCAGUAACUGACCCUCCCUCCUCCAGAAUAGGAGUGUAUGUGCAUCACAGGGCAGGAACUCUGUCAUUUUAUAGCAUCUCUGGAGACACAGUGACCCUCCUGCACAGAGUCCAGACCUCAUUCUCUGAACCCCUCUAUCCUGGGUUUGUGGUGACAAGCUCUGUGACCCUGUGUCAGCUGGAAUAGACCCUGUCCUAAUGUUAGCCAGAGCUGUGAAACACUGUCUGAUCAAUUAACAAUAAAUCUCAUCCUGCUGUAUCUGUCAGGGAUCUUGCAAGUAGUUCUCCAAGGAUCCUGUGCAUAGCCGUGAACUUUGCGGGAUGCAGAGGCAAACAAUCCAAAAUUGUAAUCCAGAAGCAACGUCAAUAGGCGAAGCUAGAGAUCAGUUAACCAGAAAGGGCCGAGAAAAACUGAAAAGUUAAGUCCAAAAACCGCAAAAGCUAACAAGAAAAUAACGCGCACUAGAAAACUCUAAGAGGCUUUUCAAUACUGAAAGGAGAGGAACGUGGUUCGAUAAUUGGUUCAGUGAGAAUCUGUGGAAUCUGGUGCCUGUGAGAAUGUGAUGGGUUCAGUUAGGAAUGAGAGCAUGAUACAGUGGGUUUGGGAAUGUAAUGGGUUUUGCGAGGGCAAGGGCGAGUGCAGGACAUGACAGUAUUGGUGCCCUGACCUGACAGGA